AAAACGAGGGAGCUUUAUGAAGGGAUCCGUCUUGUAAAGCCAUUGGUCCUGGUCAUCAGCCUCUACCCAAUGCUUUCCGGAUGCUGCCGCUGAUCUAUUUGGGAAGUUGGCUGGCUGGCGAGGCACAGGCUCUCGUCAAAGGCUGGCUCCCACGGAAAUAUGCUCAGUGCAGCCGCGUGCCUGAAUGAAAACGCCGCCGCCGGGCGCUUCUUCUAGUUGGGCAAGAUGCAGCCGAGAACUCCGUUCGCCCUGUGCGUCCUGCUGUCCCAGGUGCUCCUGGAAACAUCUGCAGAUGGUCUGGACUGCACUCCUGGAUUCCAGCAGAAAGUGUUGCACAUCCAUCAGCCUCCUGAAUUCAUCCGGGACCAGCCGGUUCUAAACUUGACCUUCAGUGACUGCAAGGGCAACGAAAGGCUGCGCUACGAGGUCUCCAGCCCACACUUCAAGGUGAACAGUGAUGGCACCUUGGUCGCCCUCAGAAACAUAACGGCAGUGGGCAGGACCCUGUUCGUCCACGCGAGGACUCCCCAUGCGGAAGACAUGGCAGAGCUCGUGAUUGUUGGAGGGAAAGAUAUCCAGGGCUCCCUGCAGGAUAUAUUUAAAUUUGCAAGGACAUCUCCUGUCCCAAGGCAAAAGAGAUCCAUUGUGGUAUCUCCUAUCUUGAUCCCAGAGAACCAGAGACAGCCCUUCCCAAGAGAUGUCGGCAAGGUGGUCGAUAGUGACAGACCUGAAGGGUCCAAGUUCCGGCUCACUGGGAAGGGAAUGGAUCAAGAGCCUAAAGGAAUUUUCAGAAUCAAUGAGAACACAGGCAGCGUCUCUGUGACUCGGACCUUGGACAGAGAAACCAUCCCUACUUAUCAGCUGUUUGUGGAGACCACGGAUGUCAGUGGCAAGACUCUGGAGGGGCCAGUGUCCCUGGAAGUCAUCGUGAUUGAUCAGAAUGACAACAGGCCCAUCUUUCGGGAAGGGCCCUACAUCGGUCACGUGAUGGAAGGAUCACCCACAGACGUGUGGAGACACCUUCUGUCUUCAGUCAAAGGGCCAAAGGCAAGAUAUUUUAUCGCUCUAGAAAUUCGCAUUCCUGCUGUUAUGGAAAUCACCCCCAGGGAACCAUAGAACCCCUUGCUAUUC